GCAAGAUCUUGAACUGCGGGAAUCGUCACGGUUCUCCGAUACAACCAUUUCCUCACUCAUUAACCUUGUAUAUUAAACCACAUUUCUCCUCUCUCUCUCUCCCUCCACAACUCAAGAAACUCACACAAUGGCCCUCUUCGGUUCCUCCUCCUCCGCCGAGGCCUCCUCCCCUUCCUCCAGCCAGGAGAUCAAGGCCUCGCUCAUCCGCCAGGUCCAGGAAGAGGCCGCCAUGAGCAAUGCCCGGAGCUUGAUCGGCAAGGUCAACGAGCACUGCUUCGACGCCUGCGUCCCCACGCCCGGCGCCUCCCUCUCGGCCAAGGAGUCCACCUGCCUGUCGCAAUGCAUGGAGAAGUACAUCGGCUUCUGGAACGCCACCAGCCGCGCCUACAUCGCCCGCGUCUCCAAGGAAUCCAAGAGCCUGGGCGGCGCCGACCUGUCCGGUGUUUCUCUGUGAGCGAAGCAGACUCUUUCCAAAAACAAAAUAUGAACAACGUUUCCCUCUGUAUUCUAUAGUUUUCGGAGUCGAAGGCCCUCUUUCUUCCAUAUCUUGAUACUUUUUCAUUUGGGUAGAAGAUGAAGACGAAUGACGCUUGGGAUUGGCGUUGAUGUGCAUCCCUCUAUCGCGGGUGUAGUGGUAGUGGUGCCAGCGUGGAGCAGGUCUGGGAAUUGAUCAUAGCCCCUGGGCUUGUGGACACGCGUUUCAUGAAGCAGCAACCUAGGACACAAAGCAUGGUGCGGGUCCGUUUUCCAUGUAUACUAUCGGGUGGUCAUUCAAGAGGGCGCUUACACUUGCUCUUUGAAUACGACGGGGUCGGGCGAUUGCUUGAAUGUAAAAGAGUCUCUUCAGCCGUUUCAAUAUCUAGCUCCUCUCCUCUCCUCUCUUCUCUUUUCUAAACA